AUGAAGUUCACAACCACCACGAUCCUAACCACCGCUAUACUAGCAGGCAGCUCUCUCGCAGCCCCUCGCAGCGGCCUGGUUGACCGCUUGCAGACCCGUGGUGCUCUGUCACGCCAGUCACUACCUGCCGAAAAGAAGGGUGUAUUACUGAGGGAAGGAACCGAGGGAGUCAAUGUUCAAUACAGCAAGAACUGGGCUGGGGUGGUGCGCGAGAAGCCACCCGCCAGUGCUACCUACACCGCUGUGUCUGCAACUUUCACCGUCCCCGAGCCAACGGCCACCGAUGGCUCUGGGGAUAUGCAGGCUGUGUCCGCCUGGGUCGGUAUUGAUGGGGACACUUACACCAAGGCCAUUCUACAGACUGGCAUUGAUGCCUACAUCCAGAAUGGCAAGAAGACAUUUGACGCCUGGUACGAGUGGUAUCCAUUAAGUGCGGAGAACUUUGACCUUGCAUUAUCCGCAGGCGACGUUAUCGUUGCGAAGGUCGAGACAGAUUCGCCCAGCAAGGGUGUCGCUAUCAUCGAGAAUAAGUCAAGCGGCCAGAGUGUUACCAAGACUCUGUCUGCACCUUCAACCUCCGCCACUCUCGCUGGCCAGAAUGCCGAAUGGAUAGUCGAGGACUUCAACACUGGUAGCAGCAUGGUUCCAUUGGUCAACUUCGGCAGAAUCGAUUUUACCGGCGCCCAAGCUGAGGCUGGCGGUACGAAGUAUGGUGUCAAAAAUACUGCUGUUUUGGAUAUCCAGCAGAAUGGCAACGUGAAGGCCCACGUGGAAGUCCGAAGUGACACUGAGUUCUCUGUUACCUACCGGUGA